AUGCAAGGGAGCUUGGUACUGAGAAAGAUAACGGCUUGGCUGGACAAUUUAUCGUACAAUAUGAUGUGGAAAGGGAUCCCUCUGGAGGAGAACAACAACCCAUUCCAUCUCCGUAUCCAGCAAAUAAAGCCAAUGUGCAAAAAGGAAACAAGUAGUGGAGAAGCUUCAAGCAGAUGGUAG